AGUACAUGCAGAACCCGAACGCCAUCAUCAUGUGCAUACAAGAGCUUGUGUGCAAUUACAAGUACACAAGUACGAGAGAGACUACUUUGCUCGUUCCAAACUAUUCCAGAAUGGUAUGCUGAGAGAAUCCCAGCUGUCCACACGUAACAUGGUGACAGCUGUGACGGAGGAGUUCUGGAAGAUGGUCCGGGGGUCCAUCAACGAUCAGGCACUCCACUUCAAGACUCUGCGGUACAACCUAGAGGCUGAGUGGCGUAAUAGGUACCCUGGGGGAAGGACACUGGACAGAGACGACCUUUUUGAGCUGGGAAAAGCGGACAUCUUGACCGAGGUCGCCAGUCUGCAGGUCCUCCCACCCAACAAGUGGGAGAUGAUUCUGAGCGAGGGACUCUGGGACAGAAUGGCCCCCAAAGUGUUGGACAUCUUUAUGGCAGCUGCUCAAGGACGUUCGCCAGGAGAAUUCAACACAUCAGCUGAUAUCCAACUGCACAAGUGGGCUGACAGCCAAGAGCUGGCGAAGCUGUGCACUGAGGUUGGUCUGGAGACAAUGUUUGAGCAGCUACACACCAAACUGGAGGAUGGGGGAGAGGGUGGGGCCAAUCGGUUCCACUCCCUGAGUCAGGGCCUUCGUGAGGAGAUAGAGAGACUGGGCAGAACACAACACCAGUGGGAGGGGUACAAUGUUGAUCAACUGAAAUACGUUCAGAUGUCAGCUCUGGAUGACAAGGACGUCCAGACAGCGGAACAGUGGGAAGCAGCCGUCCAGUUCAUGAGCUCCUCUCUUAAGAAGCAGAUACGAGUGGCGGAGGAGGAGAUGCAGAGGAUGGAGGGACCCACGUCUUAUUACGACCGCUGGAUCAGGUGGAAGGGGCAGAAUGAGUUGGAGAUCAAGAGGCAAGCCGUCGCUAAUGAACUCAAUAACUUCCUACGAGCAGAACCGUCCCACCCGAACAAGCUCUACGCUGAUGAAGUGAUGACAGUGCAGAGAGUGCUCAAGACCAACGGAUAUUCUGUCUCUGAAGAGGAUGUACAGUACGUGUGGGAGCGUGUGUACGACCUCCACUUUCUACGAGAAGCUGAGGAAGUGGCCAACAAGUGUCAGUGGGGGUUCAACCUACGCCACCACAGCACUGAGUACACGUGUUCGGAGGUAGAGUUUUUCUGGCGAGUGGAGCAGGUCAUCAAGAGCUCGGCCCGUACACUCAGAGUACAGAUACUGGACAGAGAGGUGCGACAGCUAGAGCAACAGGUGAAGACAACACUGGACUCCAUUGCUGGGGAUGAGGGGAGAAAGAGAGAGGUGAUCAGGGGAGAUGCCGUGGACAAGGCAGAGCAACUAAAGCAAGUGCGUAUGAUUCAAGAGAAGUUGGACACAUUCAGAGAAGCACUCAAGACACAACAGAGAGACUGAAUGAACCCUCUAUAAUUAUAGUAACUUCCGUUUGUAUGUAUACAGUAAUACUGAUUGAUUCAUUUAGUGAUUGUUCAUAACUGCACUGAUGUAGAUCAUUAAUCUCUCACUGUAUAAUUAUUUGUAAUUGUCGUGUAUAGUUCCAAA